UGCACUUCCGGUGAUCUCAGCUCAAGAAUGGCUGCAAUGUUUACGUGUUGUUUGGGCUGCUGUGGGGAUGGCGGACCGGGUCAUGCUCCCCUAAAAGAAAUGCCCACCGUACAGCUAGACACGCAUCAAAUGGGGACGGAUGUGGUCAUAGUGAAAAGUGGGAGGCGGAUCUGUGGAACUGGAGCCUGUCUCGCCAACGCCCCUCUACACCAGAACAAGAGCUACUUUGAGUUCAAAAUCCAGUCCACGGGUGUAUGGGGGAUUGGUGUGGCUACUCAGAAGGUGAAUCUGAACCAGGUGCCACUGGGUCGAGAUAGUCACAGUUUGGUACUAAGAAACGAUGGCUCCAUAUACCACAACAAUGAGGAGAAGAACCGAUUGCCUGCAAACAGCCUGCCUCUGGAGGGGGAUGUAGUGAGCCUGACAUAUGACCAUGUGGAAAUGAGCUUGUACUUGAAUGGAAAGAACAUGCACUGUCCAGCAUCAGGUAUUCGAGGGACAGUGUUCCCUGUAGUUUAUGUGGAUGACAGUGCCAUCGUCGACUGCCAGUUCACUGAUUUCUACCAUACUCCUCCUGAAGGCUUUGAAAAGAUUCUGUUUGAACAGCAGAUCUUUUGAAUAUUCAGCUACAGUAUGUGUGCAUACACGCAGAGGAAAGUGGAACUGGAAAGUGAGGAGUUGCUGCACAUACUUCUGUCUCUUUCAAUGUUGAUUUUGCCUUUGCUGUUACUAAUGCUGCUCUUGUCUGUGGAAGACAAACCAGGCUUUAUAUGUGUGUGUGUGUGUGUGUGUGUGUGUGUGUGUGUGUGUGUGUGUGUGUGUGUGUGCACGCGCGCUUAUAUGCACAAGUGAGACAGAGAAUCUCUAAUCCAGAUAACACUUCACAUAAAGAGGUAUUAGGGAGUCCAGCAGGGGGUGCUCACCCUGCAGACUAGGGCUGAAACGAUUAGUUGACAUUAUCGGCAAUAAAAAAUUGUCGACAAUUUUCAUUGUCGAAUAGUCGUUUGAUCUCAUUUAACGUAACAUGAGAUCACAUUAGACUGUAAUGAUGACACGUGAGAGCAGCACUGCAGCUCGUGCCUGACUGCGGAGAGGAAGAAUUACACAGCUCACAGUCCAGAUGCACUCUAAACCUUCCAAACAGCUUCAGCUUAUGUAGAUCGCAAAGUACAAGGGAAUUAUACAAAAAUAACAAAUAAGUCAAUACAGAGGCACUAUCGUUGUGGAAUAAGCGGAGCUGGAGCUCUUUAAAGGAAACUCCCCAGUGUUGCAUCUUAAAUGCAGUUAUAUUUAAUGUGCUUUAGCUUUAUUAAAGUUCAAAUAAUAUGGAAGCAGGUCAUGUAAUUAACUAUAAAUUCAGAAACUGGCAUUUCUCUGUGUGGUCAGCGCCUCUUGUAUGAGUUGCGCGAAUGUCCCGAUCUAAGGGGGAGAGAUUGAAACUGCACCCGGCUGAUGCACUCUGUUGUGGGUACGCUCAUCACAGUCGGGGCACAAGCUGAAUAAUCGGUUAAGAGCUAAUGAUUAAUCGCUGAAUAAUCUUUCUAAUAAUCGUUAGAUUAAUUGAUUUUCAAAAUAGUCGUUAGUUGCAGCCCUACUGCAGACUGUGUAGGCCCUAAAGCCCCAGUAUAGUGAUGGGGACACUAUACUGUAAAAAGGCACCAUCCUUCAGAUGAGACGUUAAACCGAGGUCCUGACUCUCGGUUUAACGUCUCAUCGGACACUUCUCAAAAAGAGUAGGGGGUGUAACCCCGGUGUCCUGGCCAAAUUCCCCCCAUUGGCCCUUAUCAAUCAUGGCUUCAUAAUAAUCCCCAUCCAUUAAUUGGCUCUAUCACUCAACUCUCUCCACUCCACCAAUAGCUGGUGUGUGGUGAGCGUAUGUGUGGUGAGCAUACUGGCGCACUAUGGCUGCCGUCGCAUCAUCCAGGUGGAUGCUGCACCCUGGUAGUGGUUGAGGAGAGCCCCCUGUUCUCUGUGUAAAGCGCUAUAUAAAUGUAACAUUCAUUCAUUCAUUCACAUAAGCACCUGAAGACACUUAUUUAUAUCUACUUUCUGUAAUGGGUGAUAAAGAUGUGUAUUGAUAAACUGAGCUUAUCUUUGUAUUUAAUGUCAGUGUACAGUGAUCAGCAGUUGAUCAGGUUUGUUAUUUUGGUACUCUUUACUUGAUUUGAAUUAUUGUUGUUGAUUUAUCAUUGACUUUCUAUCUCUACACACAUAUCUAUUAUCUUGAAUGAAAGGCUUGUAUUUGUACAAACCAAACCUCUUGUUAAAAUAUAUGAUCAGAAACUAGUGAUUUCUGAUGAGUUUGUUAUGGCCAUUACCUUUUACCUAAACUUGGCACGUUUCAUCAUUCCCUUUUCCUGUUGAUAAAGUGUUACGUAGCAGUUUACAGUACUUUCCAAAUUGUAUUUUGUUCUCUACCUUUGUGAUCUUGUCUGUUGCACAUAAUAAUAAUAAGUGACUUAAGCUGGACAGGCUACAGCAUUUUAAAUACCCACCAAGACAUGAACUGUGGUGGGUAAUAUUUUACACUACAGAUUAGAGCUUGUUGGACCAUUCUUUUUUUUUUUUGUGACAAUCCCGUUUUUAUUCUGUUAAUUAAACAUGAUCAAUCUUAAAGGUUUUGAAUGUACCACUCAGGCUCAUAUCUUACCAAAACCCUUCAUACAUGUUGAACUAAAGGUUAGUCAUGAUCUUCAUUUUGCAUUAAUAUUUUAUUGUUUGAAAAAAAAAAAAAAUCCUCCAUAAUAGUUUGACCAGAAGUAGAUGUAACAGUAUAUUCUUUAACUAUUCAGUCUCUUUUUCUUUUUCUUUCAGAAAAUGUUCUCUGAAAUUGACUCUUUUUGUCCCAUACAAAAAGCUUGAAUUCUGUCUGUACACUGUCUUACAGAACAUUCCACAAGUGCUGUAUUUAAUAAACUUAAGUAUUCUAUAUCUGCAUCAAA